AUGGAAGGCUCUAUGGCUGCUGUAGACAUGCCCUCGGGCGAAACCCUCGUCGAAAAGAAGUCCGGGUCCUCAUCCCCCAAGGAGGACAUCAGCCCCGGAAUGCUCACCUACUCCAUGGUGUCAUGCAUCAUCCAGGGAUUCUGUGUGCUGCUGGCCGUGCACAGCUCCUUUAUGCUUGGUGGUAUGGCUUCUGACGCGCUCAAGGUCAGCAACAUCGCCGGCACGGUCGUGUACCUCCUCGAGGGCGCCUCGUGCCUCUUCAACAUCAUCGUCUUCUGGUCCAACGCCGUCAGGCCCUGGUUGACGGUCGUCGUCUCGUUCAUGCAGGCGGUGGGGAGCAUCGCCCAGAUCGUCGUCCUGCAGACGAUGACGGGUGAGUCGGGCAAGUACGCCUACCUGGCGGUUGUCGGCUUCAUCGGUCUCGUCUUCGGUUGCAACGGUAUUGCCUCUUUCGCCGUCGCCGCCUUCGGACCCGUCAACAACCUCGGACCCUUCACCUUCGGUUACGCCCUUGGUGGUGUCCUUCCGUUCGUCUUCUCCACCAUCCUGAGGACCACGUACUACACCGGCCAUGACGCUGACAGCGUCAAGGGAUUGAUGUCGUGGAUGUUGGGAUUCCUCGCCCUCAUGUCCGCGGUCAGCGCCACCAACAUGAUGAUCUACCUCACCAGGGAGCCCAUCAGGAAGCACUACGAGCAGAUCAAGCUGGACGGUAUCAGCACCGUCAAGUGCACCUUCAGGUCGGCCAUCAAGGGUCUCAGGCACGCCUGGAAGAUCGUCCUCAUCGAGUGCAUCAGCUACAUCACGCUGCUCUCCUUCUACCCGGGUAUCAUCCCCAGCGCCAUGAAGAUGGACGUCGGCCGCAGGGUCAUGCUCAUCGGUGUCUUCCAGAUCAGUGAGACCUUCGGACGUGGUGUCGCCGUCUUCGUCGACAACAAGUGGCUGCCCUGCAACACACUCAACAGGAUCAUCGCCCUGGUCAUCAGCAACCUUGGCACCGCCGGGUUCCUCGUCAUGUGCACCAUCUACCACGACAACGUCUUCAUGGGCAACAUCGUCGUCAUCACCAUCGGUGUCAUCACCUUCGGAGCUGUCGGUGGAUACUGCAACUCGUUCUCCGACAAGAGCAUCGAAGGCGAGCUGCCACCCCAGCUCGAGCAGGAGGUCGUCGUGUCCACCACCACGGUCUUCAGGAUUAUUGUCUCCUUCCUGUGCGCCAUUGGUGGUUUCUUGUCGACUGUGAUUGUCACGGCGUUCCCUGACCACAAUGCGGCAGCCGCGGCGGCCGCUGCAGCAGCAGCUAAGGCAGGAGAAAUGGGAGCACAGGCUGCACAGACUCUUGGUGAGGCAGGGGCAGGUCUCGGUGACGCUGCAGCACAAGCAGCUGCUGCAGCAAAGGCAGGAUUGGCUGCCUAA